AUGGGUAGCUACCAUUUGCCUCUUGUUUUUAUCAGUGCUGUCUUAAUACUCAGAGCUUGUUACAUUGAAAAAUAUUUUGUUAUUGCUAUUAACACUGAUGAUGAUAACAUUAACAUAUUUCACAUUAGUUUACCUUUUGAUAAGUUAAGAAUACGCCGCUACAUUUUUAAUAUUCAAGUGGUUAACAAGACUCCCCAACUUCUACAAAAUCUCACACUUGGCUACAACAUCCAUGACAAUUAUUUGAACACGCUAGUGACUUCAGAUGACUUGCUAGACAUGCUCUCUACUGGAGAAGCCAAUGUUCCCAACUACAGCUGUGGAAAGAAGGACAACAUUUUGGCUCUUGUUGAUGCAGCUACCAAUGACAUCUCUAGCCAGAUGUCAACAUUAGGAAGCACCUACAAAAUCCCUCAGAUCAGUUUGGAAUUAUUUUCAGAGUCACUGCAUGAUAAAAGUGAUUUGCCUUUUUAUCAUCGGCUUUUUCCAAAAAAAGGGAUCCUUUACCCAGGUCGGAAAAGAUGCACAGAGAAAGCACCACUGGAGACCCAAAAGAAAAAGAACAUGAUACGGAUCAUGAAUUUCCACAAUUUUUACAGUGUCAUUAUGACCCUGGCUUAUGCCUUGAAUGAUGCUUAUUCUUCAAGAUCUAGGAGGAGAAGGAAGCAUGGGGAAGAGACAUUGGUGGCUCCAAGGAUGCAGCCAUGGCAGUUCCAUCCCUUUCUGGAGAAGAAUGAGUUUCUCAAUCUUUCCACAUAUGUACUGUACUUGGACCAAAAUGGAGAUUUAGCAGCAGAUCUGACUGUCAAUAGCUGGGUAUUUCUCCCUGAGAAAAAUCUCAUCAAAGAAAAAUUGGCAAGGUUUGAAGGACAGAAACUUAUUAUCAACCAAACUCAUCUGUCAUUGCUAAAAUUGCUCAACAGGUCUCUCCCUCAGUCCAAAUGUGUGGAAAAUUGUCAUCCUGGAUUUGUCAAGCGGCCACAAGAAGGAGAGCCGGUUUGCUGCUAUGACUGCAUUCCCUGUCCAGAGGGAACCUUCUCUACUCAGGAAGAUAUGGAAAAAUGCACCAAGUGUCCAGAUGAUAAAUAUCCAAAUAAGGACAGAAUCCAAUGUAUCCACAAAGUUAUAUCCUUUCUGUCUUAUGAAGAAUAUCUAGGCAUCAUCUUGGUCUUUUUUGCCCUAUUCUUGUUCUUAGCCACAAGCCUUGUUUUAAUCAUAUUUAUUAAAUACAGAGAAACUCCCAUUGUCAAAGCCAACAACCGGGAUCUCUCUUACAUCCUUCUGGUCUCCCUCCUGCUUUGCUUCUUAUCUCCUUUUCUCUUCAUUGGUCAACCAAGAAAAGACACCUGCCUUCUCCAACAAACAGUUUUUGGUAAUAUCUUCUCAGUUGCCAUUUCUUCUCUCCUUGCCAAAACCAUCACAGUUGUUUUGGCUUUCCUGGCCACAAAACCAGGAAACCAAGUGAAGAGAUGGUUGGGAAAGAGCUUGGCCAACACCAUCAUCCUUUCUUGUUCUGCUGUGCAAAUUAUCAUCUGUUCCAUUUGGCUUGGAGUUUCUCCUCCAUUCCCAGACUCUGACUUCCAUUCCCAGCUUGGAGUAAUCAUCCUACAAUGUAAUGAAGGGUCUGUUGCCAUGUUCUACAUUACCCUCAGCUACCUGGGCUUCCUGGCUGCCAUCUGCUUCAUGGUGGCUUUCCUGGCCAGGAAUCUCCCUGGGGCUUUCAAUGAAGCCAAGCUGAUCACCUUCAGUAUGCUGGUCUUCUGCAGUGUCUGGGUGACUUUUGUGCCCACCUACCUGAGCACCAAAGGAAAAUACAUGGUGGCUGUGCAAGUCUUCUCCAUCUUGUCCUCCAAUGCUGGGCUAGUGGGUUGCAUCUUCAUCCCCAAGUGUUAUAUCAUCAUUCUGAGGCCAGACCUGAAUACAAAGGAGCAGCUUACAACCAGAAGAAAUGUAGAAAUGUGA